AUUGAUGAUUUGAAGUCUGCUCCUUUGGGAGAGAAAGGCUACAACCAGUUACUCUAUGACUGGUUUAUAUCAGAUAAGGACAUCAAAACACAGCUACAGGAAGUGAAGGCAGGCGCAGCAGACAUCAAGUCAGACACAGGAGACCUCAAGUCAGACACGGCAGACCUAAAGUCAGACACAGCAGACCUAAAGUCAUACACAGAAGACAUCAAGUCAGAGACAGCUUUGAUUCCUGGUAUUCGAGAGGACAUAAGUCAUAUGAAGAACUUUUACUCAAGUACACAACUUAAAGCUUCACUCAUUAAUCAACUUACCAAGUCUGACUUCAACAGCUUGAUCAAAUUCCUGUGUAAGUCUUUUCAUCCAAACACUCGUCAAUGGGUUCUGGAUGAAGUCAAAACCUUUGUUUACGGAGAUGAAUCACAGCCAUGUGAGAUGAUUGUGAUCACAGCUGGUCCAGGUAUGGGUAAAUCAACUAUUGCUGCUAAAAUCUGUCAGACAUAUAAGGAACUUGGAUGUCUUGCAGGAUGCCACUUCUUUCAGUUUAGUAAUUCUACGAGAAACGAUCCAAGGUUGCUGUUGCAGUCCAUAGCAAGUCAGAUGUGUGACACUGUUCCUGGUUAUGGAGAAGCUUUAGAAAGAAAACUGCACACAAAUCUUGGCAAAGACAUAAGUGACAUGGACUGCGAGGGACUAUUUACUGUCUUGCUGGAGGAACCAUGCCAGAAGUUGAAGUUUAAAGACUCUUUUGUUUUCGUUUUGGAUGCCAUAGAUGAAUGCUGCAGUAAUCUCAAGCAUGAAUUGCAAGACAUCCUUAAAAACAAACUGUCUCUUUUACCAUCAUGGUUACGAUUCGUGAUAACUACAAGACCUCCUCCAAGCUUUAAUGCAAUCAAAGCAAAGAAAAGCAUCUUCAUUGAUCCAAGAGAUCCCAAAAAUAAACUUGAUAUUGAGGUUUUUUUCAGAGCCAAUCUCAGAGACAUUGACGAAGAAUCUAGGGUUAUGGAACAGCUGGUUAAAGUAUCGGGUGGUUUGUUCUUGGUGGCUUUUUUUCUAAUUGAUGAGAUGCAGAGAGAGAACAUUUUUUCGCCAUCUGAAUUAAUGGUUAUUUUUCCUCGUGGGCUUUCUUCGGUCUACGAAAAGUACUUUGAAAGAUUAAGAACUGUUCUGUUGCCUUACAUAACGGAAGAGGAAGGGUUUUUCAGGAUGCUCGAAGCAGUUGUCGCAUCAAAAAACCCAAUUCCCUUGAAGAUGAUGUACAGCAUUCUUGGCCUUAAGAGUGUUUCUGAGAUCCUGCGUGGAAAAAGAAAAACAAGAAGCGAUGCAUUAAGCCAACUACACUCCUUGUUUCCUGUUGAGAAUGACCACGUAAGCGUAUUUCACAAAACCGUGGUUGAUUUUUUGAUUCUUGAAGAGAAAGAGCAAGAUUUCAAUAUUUCUGUGGGGAAGAUGAGUAAGAACGGCGGAGAAAAGCUUUCAGAUGAAGCUGCAUAUAUACAGGGUGUAAGUAUUAAAGUACCUGAUUCCAGAAGUCAUGAAGAAGGCGAAAGUCUUGCCACACGAAACGAGAAAAGAGAUCAUAAUAAACCUUUGAAUACAGUUUGUACUGAGGAGCCACCCAAAAAUCACGACUUCGAAGUCAGUACAGAUGACGGGAAUAAAGUACUUGUCAAUCAGUGUUACGAAGUCCUGAGUGACAUACUUAAUGGGAAAAAAGAUCUGAAUAAACCUUUGGAUCUGACAGACAGCGAGGAAUAUGCCUUACGAUUUGCAUGGCUUCCUUCUACAGAUACAUUGCUUACCAAGGAAAAAAAUUACCAAAAGCUUAGAAAUUACUAUACUUUUGUUGCAUAUACAUUCUCCGAUCUUUUUAACAAAAGGGAUGCUGAUAAAAUUUCAGACAAACUACUACGUGACACAAUCAGUCAGAUUAUUGGUUGCUUUAAAGACAAACACGAUAAAGAAUCGUGCCCCUUUCGUACCAAUCCAAAUUUUGGUUGCUGUAUUGAAAUGGUGCUUAAUGCAGUAUGUGAAAGGAACGGGAGUGAGACAGAGACAUCGCAAAAUCCACUCACAGUUCUUAAAAAACAUAAUUUGUCUUAUUUUCUGAGGGAAAGUAUUGCUGUUGAUCCACGUGCAGAGGAAAAUCAGACAGUUUCGCAAACUCUUGCAUGUGAAAAUGGAUUUGUAUUGUCGUUAACAAAUGGAAGGAACACUGAAAUACACAUGUACCAGCUGAAUGGAACAUACGUGGCUAAAACGUCUUUUCAGGGGAAUAGAAAAAUUAUUUUGUCGUCUAAUUAUCGUUUCAUUGUGGUCAUUGAAGAAAUGGUAAAAGGAGAGAUCGAGAUAUUAGAUGCGACAACAUUGGACCUGGUAUCUAGCUUUCAGUCUCCCAAUGUCAUCAGAUCAUACCACGUGUAUGGCAAUCAACCUUGGUAUAUUGUUAUUAGAUGCUUCAAUAACAAGAUCUACGUGAUGGAAGGAGAAACAGGGCAAAUGAGUAGUGCCCCUAUUGCAGUUGAUCAAUAUGUUGACGUCAUAGCUGUCAGUGCAUUGGGUCAUAUUUUGCUUGGUGAGACAUGGAAGAGUAGUAGCUCAAAGAAUGCUGAAGCAAUGUUUACAGAUGACGAUGGUAACUUUUUGGAAGAAAUUCAUUGGCAAUGGCCUGUAACUAAAACUGUAGUAAACAACGUAGUCAUACGAUAUCAUAGGCUGAUUCUCUUUCACCUUCCAAAGUCCGAGAAAAGGGUCCCUAUCUACCCUCGUAAAACAAAUCAUUGCACAUGUUCAGUCAAUAGGCAAUACGUUACUCUCGACUGUGGAAGCACCUUUUCUGACGAUGGAGAACUUCUUGCCUUUAUUUACAAAUGUUCCAUCUUCAUCUUUGAGACGUCAAGCAAUUCACUGUAUCAACAGGUUUACAUUGGACCUGGUUUUGCUGGUCAUCCAAAUAAGAUUGUCUUCUUUUCUGCAACUUAUGUCGUCAUAAGUAAUUCCCGUAGAAUUGCGUUCAUAAACAUCAAAACAAAUAAAAUUGAACACAGAUUCUUUAUGCAGGAUUGCCAAGAAUUUCAUUUUGUUCCAAGAAAGCAGGGGGAACCAUUUACUUUGAUAGGAUUUUUCGAAAUACCAUCUUUAACAAAAUACGAGCUUUAUAAUUUAAUGUAAAUGAAAAAACUUCAAAUUUCAUCGAUACCCUGAAACAACACUGAAACAAAAUUUAGAGUUUAGAGUUUGUUAUCCAAGAUAAUAUUAGUACUGGUAAGUUAUAAAGACAUCAUGUUAUAAAGGACACAAGUAUAUGAAAAUGGGUAUUGCAUGAUA